UCGCAAUUCAAAAGUUUCUCUACGGCUGAAGAAUGAGCGUGUUCUUGGGCCAUCGUAGAAACAUAGAUAGGGUCGACGACGGAACGAACAACGAAACUUUACGACAGCUUUUUCGUACACGUUCACUUGCAUCACAUACACAAGUGCUCUCUGAACCGUGCAAUAAGCUUUUUUAGGUUAUGCUAUAGCAGGGGGCAACGCUCUGGAUCCCCCCUGCUUGCAGAAAUGAAUGGAAGAAGGGGGCUGGGUUCUAUUUCCGGGCCGGGCGGGAGGUGAAGGCCAUAAGAGAAGAUUGCCCUCCCGGUAAGGAAGAGAGGAAAAAGGUGCUUUCUCAAAGCAGAGGAGGAAGGGUGGGCAGCAGGUACCACGAGCCCUCUGUCCCACACAUCUAUCCAGAAGCAAGUGUAGUUCACCGGUUCCACCGAAUGCUCCUAUCUCUCGGCAAAGAUCGUGUGAGUGUGCAGUUAUGCUUCGGAUGCUUCGCCAUAAUAGAUCGACCCAGUUCCCGUUCUUUUCCGGUGCACUCGCUUUAUAUCUCCGACACACAAGGAAGGACGCGGUGGGAAGGAAGCAGCCCUAGCCUCUGUCCGGCCGAUCAUUCCGCUGGCAUCUUGCAUUCACGCCUCCCUUUGACUGCCGCUCGGGGAUGUAGUUGUAGAUACGUUAGUCUUAGUGGGUCGUUGGCUCCACCUGUUAUCUCCUUCUACGACAUGCUGUUGUCGUCGCCAUAUUCCAUAUGUCACUUAGUCAUCUCUGCCUCGCUGCGGGUCAGCACCUCCGAAAGAAAGGGAGGACUUCAUUCAGUGACUCCGCGAUCGCCCUCUAAACGAUCAGAAUAAGGUAAAGCUUGAAGAUAAGUUUUGUACUCUAUUAAU